CUGACCUUCCAAGAGUACGGUGAUCUAGCCGUGGCCACUUAUGCCGCGCGUGAGAAUCGCAACGCGCGACGCUUCGAGUUUGAGGAGGUGGCAAACGAAGCAGAACUUUCGGAUCUGCGCAAGGCACAUGUUCCCAAUGUGACACACCGCUACGGCGCACGCCAUGGCCGCCAGCGUCAACACUAUCAACUUGAUGGCGACAUCGAUGUGGAGCUUACUCCCGCCGAACAACAUGCCGUGUUUGGCGACGCCUUGGUGCAAAAAUACGGCGUGCGCGGUGUCCUAUACGAGCUGUGGGGCCGCUUUGGCGCCUGGCGCAACCACCAGCCCCUUCAAUUGGUCCGCCGCUACUUUGGCGAGAAGUUUGUAUUUUAUUUCGCCUUCCUUGGCUCCUAUACGGCCUGGCUGCUACUGCCCUCGCUGUUGGGUCUGAUCACCCUCUUUUAUGGGCUCGGCAACUUUCGGGGUCGUCAAGAUGCUGAAGACCUGUGCAACUCAAACAUCACUGUCUGCGGCGCAUGCAGCUCAUGCAACAAGUGGGAACUCAAAGACUCUUGUCUCUCUUACCAAGUGCUGUAUAUUUUCGACAACGAGUUCACCGUGGCAUUUGCCUGGAUCAUGUCCAUCUGGGCCACACUGUUUCACGAUUCAUGGCUGCGCCGCGAAGCCGAGUUGGCCUACGACUACGAGGUGGAUGAUGCCCAAGACCUUGAGCCCCAACGCCCACAAUUUGAGGCACAGCACGGCGUUUAUCAGCGAAAUCCUGUGACGGGUGUCGUCGAGAAGUACUACCCCAAGCAAUUGCGAUACAUGAAAUACUCAGUUACUGUCAGCACGGUGCUGGUGGUCUGCGCCUGUGUCAUCAUUGCUCUUGUGGGCACCAUUGUUUACCGCUUGGCCGUUUACAUCUCGCUGUUGGAAGCUGGUGAUGGUACCCAGCGCGAACAAACUGAAGCCUCGCUCGUUGCCUCGAGCACGGCGGCCGUCAUCAACCUGGUAUUUAUCCUCCUCCUCAGCCUCAUUUACCCGUAUCUGGCCAUCUUUCUCACAAACUGGGAAAACCACAAGACGGAAUCGGCAUAUGAGCGCCACCUGACGUUCAAAGUGUUUCUCUUCAACGCCGUCAACUUGUACAGCAGUCUCUUUUACGUUGCUUUCUUUCAGAGUCGCGACAUUGGCGUUCCCGGUAACUACGAUCGCUUCCUUGGCUACGAGGCCGAUCGCUGCCCCACCUACG